GCUGCUCUGGCCUCCAAGCUCUAUGGUGGGGCCUGCGCGCUCCGGACCAUGCUGCUGCUGCCGCCGCGCCGCCUCUUCCUUCGCCCGCUGCGGCGAUCGCCAGGGGCCGCUCCUCGGCGGGGCAGCGCCGGCCCCGGCCCCGGCCCCGGCCCCGGCCGCGAGCGCCCCCGGCUCGUCUCCACCCCGAUCUUCUACGUGAACGGGCCGCCGCACAUCGGGCACCUCUACUCGGCGCUGCUGGCCGACGCGCUGCACCGGCACCGCAGCCUGCGCCGCCCGGGCAGCAGCCGCCUCAGCACUGGCACGGACGAGCACGGGCUGAAGGUCCAGCAGGCGGCGGCGGAGGCCGGGGAGGCGCCCUCCGCACUGUGCGCCCGUGUGUCGGGGCAGUUCCGCGCGGCGCUGGCGCAGGCCGCCGUCUCCUUCAGCGACUUCAUCCGCACGAGCGAGCCGCGCCACAGCCGCGCAGUCCUGCACUUCUGGGAGGCGCUGCGGGCUGGCGGGUGGCUCUACAAGGGACACUACGAAGGCUGGUACUGCACCGCCAGCGAGUGCUUCGUCCCCGAGGCGCAGGUCGCCCAAAGCCCCGACGCACAGGGCUGUGCCCACAAGGUCUCCAAGGAGAGCGGCCACCAGGUACACUGGACCAAAGAAGAGAAUUAUAUGUUCAAGCUAUCUGAAUUCAGACAACCAUUGCAGAAAUGGCUCCAUGGUGACAAGAAUGCAAUUUCCCCUGAGCCUUUCUACCACAGUGUGCUGCAGUGGCUGGAAGAUGACUUGCUAGACCUCUCUGUUUCCCGUGACAGGAGUCGAUUACAGUGGGGUAUUCCGGUCCCAGAUGAUUCAACACAAACCAUUUAUGUGUGGUUAGAUGCCUUGGUAAACUACCUGACUGUAUUGGGUUAUCCUGACGCACAUAAUGCCUGGUGGCCUGCUGUGCACCACAUUGUGGGCAAGGACAUUCUCAAGUUCCAUGCCAUCUACUGGCCAGCAUUACUGAUGGCAGUGGGACUGGACCCACCAGAACGGAUAUAUGUGCACUCCCACUGGACAGUCCAUGGGCAGAAGAUGUCCAAAAGCCUAGGUAAUGUGGUGGACCCACUGGCCUGCUUCAGGCAGUAUACAAUAGAUGGUUUUAGGUACUUCCUGCUAAGGCAAGGUGUCCCUGAGCGAGACUGUGACUAUUAUGACAAAAAGGUUAUUAAGAUUGUGAAUUCAGAGCUGGCAGAUGCCCUUGGGGGGCUUCUGAAUCGCUGUACAGCUCCCAGCAUAAACCCCAGUGGGAUUUACCCACCUUUUUCAGAGUCAUAUUUUCCAAGGAGCUCUGACCAAGUUGGGGCAGAAGCCUUGGGUAGAGCUUUGAGGGAGGACUAUGAGCUGGUGACAUCAGUAACACUCCUGCCUCUCAAAGUGACAAACUAUUUUGAGAACUUUCAAAUAUACAAGGCUUUGGAAUCCAUCACUGCAUGUGUGAGGCAAACCAAUGGCUUCUUCCAGAGACACACGCCUUGGAAACUGUGCCAAAAGAACCCUGCUGAGAAGUGCUGGCUCAACACUAUCCUCCACGUCACUCUUGAAUGUCUUCGGGUUUAUGGAACUCUCUUGCAGCCAGUGAUCCCAGCCACUGCAGACAAGUUACUGUCCAGGCUGGCUAUUGCUCCUGAGGAAAGGUCUCUUAGAGAUCUGACCUUUCUGCCUCGCUAUCAUGGGAAGCCAUGUCCCUUUGAAGGAAGAGGACUUGGACCUGACACUGGCGUUUUAUUUCAGAAGUUAGAAAAGCUGAGGUGUCAGGUGGAAACCAAGAGAUCUCAGACCUCAAAAAAUAGCAGCUGUGAAUAAAACGUUCAGGAAGCA